AUGCAUUUCUCAACCACUUUCGCGGCACUUGUCGCCCUCUCUGGCUUCACCUCUGCCGAGCCCAACGGCUGGUCCAAGACCAAGGAAGCCGAGGAUAGCCCUUCUAAACUCGACGACUGCGGCUGCUGGCCCAUCUACCAGGCCAUGCUCAAGUGCCAGAAGCUCAAGUUCCCCGAAGAGUCUGCUGAGGACUGUGUUUGCAUUCCCAACCCAGAUGGCUGGUACGGCUCCAUGGACGGCUGCCGCACUUGUCUCUCUUCCAACACCAACGAAGACUUCUUUGACAACAUGGCCAAGCUCGUUACGCAGCUGUUUGUCUCUUGCACAAACGCAGGCGGUGCUGUCUACAGUGAUGGCAAUAGCAUUUGCGCCAGCAACUCCUUCCGAGAGGCCUGUGUUUCGCUCGGUACUGAUGGAAAGCCCAGCUGGGCUAGCUUUGAGCAGGGUGAUGUUUCUGGAAAUGGCACUUAUGUUCUGGAUAUCGAGGAAUAUGGCGCCAAGAAGGAUUCUUCUACUUCAGUGACGACUGCCAAGACUGCUGAAAAGACAACUGCUACGACUGCUGAAAAGACAACUGCUACGACUGCAGCUACCGAUUCAGCUGAUUCUACCGAGACUGAGACAGAGGCCGCUGAAACCACCAAGGCUGAUACCAAGGCUGACACCAAGACCGAGACCUCCAGUGUUGAAGCUGCUGCUACUACCGGUACCUCGGAUGCCUCUUCUGCCGCUCAGACCCCUGCUGCUUCAAGCACAACAACACCAUCGUCAGGUAUGAAGCUUGCCAGUGCUCAGGCUGGAGCAAUGGGCCUUAUUGUGGCUAUUGUUAUUGGAGCCGACGACCCAGAAGCAGGAGGCAAGAUGGAACUCCUGAGUCCCGAGAGUGCCAAAGGCGCAGAUCUUGCGGACCCUGAACCGGCGUCGCCCGAUAGCUUGCUGGCGACAAGCAUGAGCCAGCUUUCCAUAUCCUCAGAUCUCGCCAAACGUCUGUUGAGGAACGGGUUCGUCUCAGACAACCUUGACAGCAUCGACAUGACUGAAGCUCUUGUAUGGACUGUCGAGAGGAAGCAGAUGGAACUAUUACAGGAGCUCAUCAGCCAAGGCGCUGAUGUGAACCUGCCGGCCAAGGACGGCUGGACCUGCCUUAAUCUUGCUGCCGACACUGCGAAUCAUGAGAUUUUGCAAGUCCUGCUUGAGAAUGGCGCCGAUGUGGCCGGCAUCAGCGGAAAAUAUGGGCUUACAGCACUCCACUGGGCAGCAGAUGUUGGAGAUUCACAAGGAGUGGAAAUUCUCAUUUCUCAUGGCUCAAAUGUUGAUGCACAAUCAACUAUAGGAAGCUACCCCCUGCAUCUAGCUGCUAAUAAUGGAUGUGUCAAAACCAUUCGGGCUUUACUGGAAGCCGAUGCCAGCAUCCAAUGUUUGGACCACAAAGGAUUUAGUCCAUUGCAUGAAGCGUGCAGGAGAGGACAUGAUGAUGCAGUGCAGCUUCUAAUCGAGCGCGGCGCAGAUGUCUCCAUCAAGUGUAAGCAGGGCCAAGCCCCUAUACACGCUGCAGCACUUACUGGGCAGUAUAAGAUUAUUAAAAAGCUUCUAGAGUAUGGAGCAGACGGUAAUGUGAUUACUGAAGACGGAAGAUCCGUUCUCACUUAUGCUGUAUCCGCAAAUUCUGUACCUAGCGCACAAGCCCUGCUAGACCACGGUGCCGAUAUCGAAACUCGCGAUAACAACGACAAUACACCACUGCUAGUGGCAGUACUGUGUUAUGCCAUUGAAAUGGCCAGUUUCCUCCUCGAGCACGACGCAAAUAUAGAGGCAGCAGACGAUAAUGGUUACAGACCAUUGCAUCUAGCCGCUGAGAGGAACUUUGGCCAGAUGACGCAACUCCUGAUUGAGAAAGGUGCAGAUAUUGAGUCCAGAACAGCUCCCAAAGCCCAGGACGAGCCUUUUGGAGAAGAAGGCUUGACGCCUUUGUUGGUAGCUGCCAGAUCUGGGAGAGUCGACAACUUUCAUAUCCUUAUUGAUCACGGUGCCAAUCCAAAGGCAAGUAGUUCUGGCUAUACAGGAGUCUACUUGGCUACUGCAGGACAGAACAAGUCCCUGAUACGGUUUUUUGUCCAAAAAGGGGUGUCCAUUGAUGCUCGGACUACGCAUGACGAAAACACGGCACUCAUCAGAGCAGUCCGUGAUGGUUACCCCCAGAUCGUGUCGUUGCUGAUCAAACUGGGUGCUGAUGUGAAUGUAUCAAAUAAUAUCGGCUGGACUCCAUUGCACUUUGCUGCCGAAACUGGCUUCGAAGACGUCGUCGAGAUACUACUCAAGGCUGGAGCUAAUGCAACUGCUGAGAGUCACGAUGGCAAGCGUCCACGAACUAUUUCCUGGGAGAACAAACAUCACCCCGUGACAACGAUAUUGGACGGAAGUGUGCCGAUCUCACUGGACGCGCAGCUUCAUUCGAAGGCCUUGCGUUUAUCCGCACUAUUCUAUGCUGCCAGAAACGGCCAUCUGAAUAACAUUUGUCAGGUACUAGACGAGGGAAUUGACGUUAAUUCGCUAGAUGCUGAUGGGCGAAGCUCUUUGUCUAUGGCUGCCGAGCAUGGGUGGAGCGACAUCGUUCAUUGCUUAACUGAUAGGAAGGCUGAUGUAAACUUAAAGGACAACUAUGGUGGAUCACCGCUUUGGUGGGCUUCAAGAUAUGGUAGCGCAAUGAUUGUUGAACAUUUCCUCAACCAAGGGGCACACGCCGACAGUCCGGAUGCAGAUGGACAGUCACCCCUCUCUGCCUCAUCACAGUACGGGCAUCUCAAGAUCAUGAAAUUAUUGUUGGAACAUGGGGCCAAUCCCAAUUCUUCCACCGGUUAUGGGAAAUCACCUUUGCUCUUUGCAGUCGAAAACGAGCAGUUGGAUGCAGUGAAGCUGCUACUGGAAUCCGGGGCGGAUAUCAAUUACAAGAGCCCAGAGGGCGACUCAGCGUUAUCCGUGGCAGAAGAACAUGGGUUAGGGAAUAUAGUAGAAGUUCUCAAAGCUCACCCGAGCUUAAUUAUGACCAAGAUCAAGGUAGAUGAUGGAGAUAGAUCCGAAGGUGUAGUGUCUCCGCCGAUGAGCUCCACUGAACCCAGCUCGGAUCCUAGCCUCAAACGCCAUUGGAUGUUGAUCUAUGCUUCACGGAAGGGUCAAAUAGCGAUGAUCAAACGACUGAUACAAGCAGGAGUUGAUCCAAACUCAUUUGCCACCGGCAGAAUCCCUCUCUAUGAAGCUGCCAGUCUUGGAAAGUCCGAGGCAGUAGCUAUACUUGUCGAGCAUGGCGCAGUCGUUGAUCCGGAAGAUUCAAGUCGAAGUCCUCUGGUCACUGCAGCUUUCUAUGGAUAUACGAGCACAGUCAAGUUGCUUCACAGUCUUGGGGCUAGUCUCGAGACAGGCUACGAAAGAGGUCGAACGGCGCUCACGGAAGCUGCAGAAGGUGGAUAUGAGGAGACAGCAUCGCUGCUUCUUCAACUAGGGGUAAAGACAGAAGUUAAGGAUGGCAUUGGUAGAGGACCACUCUGGACUGCCACGACGAACCGACAUAUGAAUAUUGUUAAGCUCCUGGUUGAUUAUGGAGCCAAUAUAGAGGCGGCUGACCACUUCGGCGUCACUCCUCUGAUGGUCGCUGUGAGGAAUGGUGAUAGAAAACUAACAGAGUUCUUCCUCGAAAAGGGGUCGCAGAUGAGACCAGAGUCCGAGCAAAACUACUCGCCGUUGUGCUGUGCAGCCUCUAAUGGCGACGAAGGUAUCGUGAACUUACUCCUUGAUCACGGAGCAGACGUCAACUAUUUCUCGGAUGGAAAGCGCACUGCACUGCAUAUUGCAACAAUUCGAGGAAAUCUCAUGGUUAUGAAGAUGCUAAUUGAGGCUGGUGCCAACGUUGACUUGAGGGACGAUGAUGGCAGAACUGCAUUAUCCUUGGCCAAGGAAGGUUCCAACGACGCAUCCAUGAGAUUACUAUGUCGAGCUAGCAGCUUACGACGGGACAGUCACAGACAACAGAGAAAGGCUGAUGAGGUGGAUUUCGACAAGAAAGGCUCGUAUCAUUACCAGCCCCUGAUGAUGAAAAACUCCACCCGCAUCAUCGAGUUAUAUCCAGGUGUCCCUGGGGACAUACUGGAGUUUGAACUGGAAGAAGUUCCCCUCUUUUCCGCAACUCCAUUUGAAGCCCUUUCGUACGAGUGGCAAGAAAGGUACGGGACGAUACCAGUUCAGUGCGACGGCCAAAAGAUCUUCAUCACUCCCAACUGCAAAGCAGCCAUGGAAAAACUUCGACUGCGAGACAAGUCAAGAUAUUUGUGGAUAGAUGCUAUAUGCAUCAACCAGACCAACGAACAGGAACGAAAUCAGCAAGUUGCUAUAAUGGGUGACAUCUAUCGAGCUGCCCAAAGAGUUGUCAUGUGGUUAGGAGAAGAAACAGGGUCCAUACAGGCAGCUUUCGAAAUGUUACCGACAGUGGCCAAAGCACAGUGCAUGCUGCUGCAAGCAGCCGGAGAGUUACCUGACGGACAGAUGACAACAGAAGGAAUCGAAGAUCCCGAGAAGAUGUUGGAAAGCAUGUUCAAGGAACAGAGCGCGAUGGAUGCCUUCUGGGAGCUAAUGCAGCGAACAUACUGGACAAGAGCUUGGAUUCUCCCUGAGAUUGUCAUUGCUGGCUCCAGAGGCAUUGUCAUGUGUGGCAAUCAAUCUUGCGAAUGGACAACCCUGCAGCUCGGCAUGCCUAUCUAUGAAUACUGUAAUUUUGGUCAGCCGCCGAUGAUCUUCAACAGCGGACUAGUUGGAGAUAUGGGGCCAGAAGCUGAGAUGCUUUUCGAAGAUGUCGUUUUUGUACUACAUACACUACAAGCUACUGACCCCCGUGACAAGAUAUUUGCAUCUCUGGGGUUGGUGUCACAGGGGCGCCGGACAAUCGGCAAGAAGCUGGUGGAAGCACCUAUUGCUGACUAUACAAUGAGCGUUCAGCAAGUUUUCAUACAUGCCGCUCGCUACUUGAUCGACUUGGGUGGUGCUUUCUGGGCUUGGAGAUUGGGUAUACAGCGCAGCACGAAGAAGGUCGACAAUCUGCCUUCAUGGGUCCCCGACUUCAAUCGAAGACUUGCAUUUGCAGAGAUCAACCCAUUCAAAGAGAUCAAGACAUCAUACAGAUUGGACAUCAAGGAAGACCCAGUAACUACCGAGACUACUCUUUGGAUCGGCGGCUGUAUCGUUGACAAGGUCGUGUUCAAAUUAACACUGACAAAAGACCUUGAGAUAUCCAGCAUUCUUUCGUUAGCUGUCGAUGUGCUUGCAAAGACAAACCGCAGCAUAUACGACAAGUACCCAAUUGGUGAGGGGUUUGAUGUCAAUACCAAUAUCGAAGACCUAGAAAAGCAGAAGGAUGCUGAGAGUUUACUGAUGAAGAGCACAAAUGCAAUGGCACUGUUCGCCACCAUCACCAAUUUUAGAGACACGUCGGAUGAGGACGAUGACAGUACGACACCAGAAAGAAUCUUACACCUCCUGACAGGAUACCUGAUCUACACGCUCUCAAAGAACAUGGACACGCCAGAAGUGUCAAAAAUAGCACCGGACUACGUAGAGCGAUUCGCAGAGACGUGGGCAAAAGGAUGUGACGACGCUGAAUCCUUUAUCGACUUUGAGUUGGAUAAUCUCAAGCUUGUGGAAGAUGUAUUGAGAGAGGACCGAGACCUCGUUUACACCGAGAAUGGGUACUUUGGAUUAACAAAUACUGGCGAAGCCGAGGUUGGCAUGGUGGUAGCGAUGGUUGACGGUGAUACUACAUUGCGAUUACUGAGAAGGAAGGAGGACACGACGCCAUUUUAUGAGUAUGCAGAUAUGGUCUUCUUGAACACCAUGGGCCAAGAAGUUGAGAACCUGGAAAGGAUGUACGGCGAGCUUAGCCCUGAGAGAUUAGAGAUACGUUAG